AUGAUGCAACAAUUCAGCUUGUGUAUGUUGUUUUUCAUUCUUCUUGCCCCAGUUCUCUUGGUGUUCUCUGAGGACCCUGGUUUCAACGAUGAUGUGUUGGGGUUGAUUGUGUUCAAGGCUGGUUUGGAAGACCCAAAAAGGAAACUUUCUUCUUGGAAUGAGGAUGAUUAUAGUCCUUGCAAUUGGGAAGGUGUGAAAUGUUAUCCUUCAACCAACAGGGUAUCUGCUCUUGUCCUUGAUGGGUUCUCUCUUUCUGGGCAUGUUGAUAGAGGCCUAUUGAGGUUGCAGUUCCUUCAAAUUCUCUCACUCUCUGGGAACAACUUCACUGGGCCUAUAAACCCUGAUCUAACUCGCCUUGGGAGUUUGCAAGUUGUGGACUUGAGUGACAACAACCUCUCCGGGUCAAUCCCAGAAGGGUUUUUCCAACAAUGUGGCUCUCUCAGAACAGUUUCCUUUGCCAACAACAACCUCACAGGUAAGAUUCCUGAGUCUUUGAGCUCAUGCUCCAAUUUGGCCACUGUUAACUUCUCCUCUAAUAAGCUCUAUGGGGAAUUGCCUUCUGGGGUGUGGUUCUUGAGGGGACUACAGUCUCUUGAUCUGUCAAAUAACUUGCUGGAGGGAGAGAUUCCUGAAGGAAUUCAGAAUCUGUAUGACAUGAGGGAGUUGAGUCUUCAGAAGAACAGGUUUAGUGGAAAGCUUCCUGGGGAUAUUGGAGGUUGCAUACUUCUGAAAUCACUUGACAUGAGUGGUAAUUUUCUCUCUGGAGAACUCCCUCAGUCAAUGCAAAGACUCACUUCUUGCACAUCACUUAGUUUGCAGGGAAAUUCAUUCACAGGAGGCAUUCCUGACUGGAUUGGAGAACUGAAAAAUCUAGAGGUGUUGGAUCUUUCUGGUAAUAAAUUUUCUGGAUGGAUUCCAAAAUCAAUUGGAAAUCUAGACUCUUUGCAUAGGUUGAAUUUAUCAUGGAAUCAGUUAACAGGAAACUUGCCUGAUUCAAUGGUAAAUAGUACUAAGCUUUUGGCUCUUGACAUCAGCCACAAUCAGUUGGCAGGCCAUAUUCCUUCAUGGAUUUUUAGGAUGGGUUCCACACCUGCAUCUUAUCAUGGUCUUGAGGUUUUGGAUUUGUCAUCCAAUGCAUUUUCUGGUGAGCUUCCGUCUGGCAUUGGGGGACUUAGUAGCUUGCAAGUCUUGAAUAUUUCCGCCAACAAAAUCUCUGGUUACAUUCCUGUGGGUUUAGGGGAACUUAAGUCUCUAUAUAUUAUUGACCUUAGUGACAACAAGCUUAACGGGAGUAUUCCUUCUGAAAUAGAAGGAGCAAUUUCACUCAGUGAACUGAGGCUACAGAAGAACUUGCUAGGUGGGAGAAUACCAGCUCAAAUUGACAAGUGUUCAUCUCUAACAUUUUUGAUUCUUUCACACAACAAGCUUACUGGUUCAAUCCCUCCAGCCAUUGCAAAUCUAACGAAUCUUCAGUAUGUAGAUUUGUCAUGGAAUGAAUUCUCAGGAAGUUUGCCCAAGGAACUGACAAAUCUUUCUCAUCUUUUCACAUUUAAUGUAUCCUACAACCACCUUGAAGGUGAACUACCUGUGGGAGGCUUCUUCAACACCAUAUCCUCGUCAUCUGUUGCUGGUAAUGCGUUGUUGUGCGGUUCUGUUGUCAACCACUCCUGCCCAUCUGUUCACCCCAAACCUAUUGUCUUAAAUCCCAAUUCUUCCAGUUCCAAUUCCAGCAUUUCCUCACAAAAUCAUCGUCAUAAGAUCAUACUCAGUAUCUCUGCUCUUAUAGCUAUUGGAGCAGCUGCUUUUAUUGCCAUUGGUGUGGUGGCAGUUACUGUCCUAAACAUCCGUGUGCGCUCUUCAAUGGCACGUUCUGCUGCUCCAUUUGCAUUAUCUGGUGGGGAGGACUAUAGCUGUUCACCGGCAAAUGAUCCAAAUUAUGGCAAGCUUGUCAUGUUUGCUGGUGAUGCAGAUUUUGCUGAUGGAGCCCAUAAUCUUCUUAACAAAGAAAGUGAAAUUGGUCGUGGUGGAUUUGGAGUUGUUUAUCGCACUUUCCUUCGUGACGGGCAUGCUGUUGCAAUCAAGAAGCUUACAGUCUCCAGUUUGAUCAAGUCCCAAGAAGACUUUGAGAUAGAAGUGAAAAAGCUUGGGAAAAUCAGGCACCAGAAUCUCGUGACACUUGAAGGUUAUUAUUGGACUUCAUCCUUGCAGCUACUCAUUUAUGAGUACCUAUCCAGGGGGAGUUUGCAUAAGCUUCUACAUGAUGAUGAUAGCAAAAAUGUCUUCUCAUGGCGACAAAGGUUCAAGAUUAUUCUUGGCAUGGCAAAAGGGUUGGCUCAUUUGCACCAAAUGAACAUAAUCCACUACAAUCUUAAAUCAACCAAUGUUCUCAUUGAUUGUUCCGGUGAGCCAAAAAUAGGAGAUUAUGGCUUGGUGAAACUAUUGCCAAUGCUAGACCAUUGUGUUUUGAGCAGCAAAAUUCAAAGUGCACUUGGAUACAUGGCUCCUGAGUUUGCAUGCCGCACAGUUAAGAUAACUGAGAAAUGUGACAUAUAUGGUUUUGGGAUCCUAGUGCUGGAGGUUGUCACUGGAAAAAGACCUGUGGAAUACAUGGAGGAUGAUGUGGUUGUUCUUUGUGACAUGGUGAGGGGUGCAUUGGAAGAAGGCAAGGUAGAGCAAUGUGUUGAUGGAAGGCUCCUUGGUAAUUUUGCUGCUGAGGAAGCAAUUCCUGUGAUAAAAUUGGGGUUGAUUUGUGCAUCACAAGUGCCAUCAAACCGUCCAGAUAUGGCUGAAGUAGUCAACAUAUUAGAGUUAAUCCAAUGCCCUUCAGAAGGACAAGAGGAACUAGAAUGAGUUUUGUUGCAGUCUUUGAGAAACAGCACAUAAUGUAGUACCUGGUGAAGUACAAUCCGGUUUAAAAAGAAGCUAUACAUGCAAAGAAUAUUCAGUCAAUAUCUUCCAAACUUUUGUUUGUUUAAGUUGAUGAAAUUUUCUUCUUUUUU